UGGCCAGGAGCGCUGACACGCGACAGAAGGCGGUGGACGAAGGAGAGGGGGAUAAAAAAAACAAUAAUAAAAAAGUUUCAACAGAGAUAUAUGUGGAUUUACAAAGAGCAUGAGAGCGCCACGAGAGCGUCCAUAGAAAUUCCACAGAGUCAGGAACUGACGGGCUACUCGUGUGCGUCAGUUUGUGCACCUUUCUUGAAAAGGACCUGCGUGGGGAGAGUAGCGGUAAGUGCGCAGAGAGCCUCAAAAACAUCUGCGUUAAGACAGGUACCUGUGGAGGACGCAAGAAGAUGACUUUCAGUUCACACCGGAACCAGAUGUUGAAACUCCUUCGCGGAAACCUCUAAAGAGCUGUCACGUUUCUUAUUUUCAAUAGUUGAUGCCAAACUGAAGAAAAAGUAAAUCUGCUUUCGCUCCCAAUAAUCAUCAAACAACACAAGAUUUUUUUUUUUUUUUUUUUUUUUUUUUUUUUUUUUUUUUUGCGGGUGGUGGGGGGUGGAGGAGAUUUAAUCUUCCUUUUUUUUAUUCAAGAGUGAAUUCAAUAACAAUAAGUGCUUAUAUGUCCCUUCUUACAUUAUUUGGAAUGGACCAACAUUUGACACCUGGAACUGGUCUACCACUGUAGGCACCGUGAGCUGUUGCGUCCUGGAAGUACCAACUCUCCCCAAUGAAGCAGUUCUGGUGGGUCCGCCUGGCACAGUUCAGCCUGCUUGUUGUGUGGGCCUGUAUAUGGCUGGUGCAGGGAUGCGGGCCAGGCCCUGGGUAUGGCAUACGUCCCAAGCACAAGAAGCUCAAACCCAUGCGCUACAAGGAGUUUUCCCCCAACCUCUCCGAAAACAACCUCGGAGCCAGUGGGAGAGCAGAGGGCGAGAUCUCACGCAGCCAUCCGCGCUUCCUUGAACUCGUCCACAACUUCAAUCCAGAUAUUGUUUUCAAAGAUGAGGAGAACACAGGCGCAGACCGCAUCAUGACUAGGCGAUGUAAGGAUUGUUUGAACAGGUUGGCCAUUGCAGUGAUGAACCAGUGGCCAGGAGUACGCUUGCGUGUGACAGAAGCCUGGGAUGAAGAUGGCAACCACCCACAAGGGUCUCUGCACUAUGAAGGUCGGGCUGUGGAUAUAACCACUGAUGACAAGGAAUCAAAGAAGUAUGGCCUCCUCGCCCAGCUAGCUGUGGAGGCAGGUUUUGACUGGGUCCACUAUGAAACCAGACAUCGCAUCCACUGCUCAGUAAAAUCUGAUAACUCUGUUACUGUGGAGAGAGGUGGCUGUUUCCCUGGCUGGGCCCAGGUAACUGUUGCUGGAGGGAGGCAGAAGACUCUGUCAUCACUAACUCCAGGCGACAGGAUCAUGACUCUGUCUGAGACAGGCCAGGUUGUGUAUAGCCAAGUCUUCUUGUUUCUGCACCGGGAACAAGGACGCUGGUCCACUUUUCUGUCUCUGGAGACAGAAGAUGGCAAUACAUUGUCCCUUACACCAGAUCAUUUGGUUUUUUUAGCAUCCCACUGCAGAAAUGACAUCAGUGCGUAUCAGGCACAGUUUGCUAGCAGAGCCAAAACAGGAGACUGUGUCCUCGUCAGUACAGCAGACGGUCAGGCACGGCCAUCUCAAAUCAUCUCAGUUUCAGUUGCAGAGAGUGAGGGAGUGUAUGCGCCCUUGACAGAAGCUGGAACUUUGUUUGUUGAUGGGGUGCUUGCCUCUAGCUAUGCAGUGGUGGAAGACCACAGACUUGCACACUGGGCAUUUGGACCUCUGCGCCUUAUCUACUCAUUGCACCAGCUACUCUGGGGGGAGAAGGCAAAAGAAGAGCAGACCACCGACUCUCAAAGAGUUCACACUGUGACUGCAGCACAUUUUAGCACCUUGACCCCAAAGGACAAAGUAGGUAUAUAUAUAAAUAAUUACAUUAUAUACAAACAAGGAAAUUUCAGUGAACCUCUCAGAAUGAAAAUGCAAGAGAAGCACUCAUUUCAAGGGUGGAUAUCAGAUGUUCACUGGUAUGCUAGAUUACUGUAUCGAUUUGCAUGCGUCUUUUUAGACGCCAACUUAUUCCAUCCUUAAAAGCCUAAAGCUACACAUAUGAUAUAUGUUAUGUCGCUGUGUAACUGUGACACUUCUACAAUUACAAUUAACCCUCUUUUUGAAAAAAUAUGUACAAAAAACCCCCCACUGUAUUGUCCCUUUUUUGCUUUUACACUAUUGUUUGUACCCUAACUACUGUAACAAUAAACUCUGACACUGUAAGAAAAGAUUUAAAAAAUUAAACAAUCGGUCUGAUCAAUCAGGUUUAUACCACAGUGAUUGUAUCAUAGUCUAUCUGUACAUCUACCAUUUCUUUUAAAAAUGUAAAAAUAUAUAAUAUAAAUAUUAUUCUAAUGGGAUAGGAAUGAAUUCCCUGAACAGCAGAAUCUUUAUUUUUGUACUAUUUGAAUCAUAAUAUAUAUAUAUAUAUAAAUAUUGCAUUUUAUAAUAAUAGUUCCACUACCUGUAUUGUAUACACUGACAUUGUGUCCUAUCAUAAAACAAAUAAAAAUGUU